UGGUCAAACGCGCGGAUGGAGCGCACCUUUCUUGUCGUCCGCCUUUGUUGGCCAGGCAUGCAGCAUGUUGGUGGUUAUUCCGAACGGGGCUCAGGCUGCCUUCUUUGCAGCCAAGAGCAGGACCAUUCUCCUGCAUUGUGCUUCGAUUGUUUGCCGAGAAGUGGACGGGUUUAUCACCCAUUUCCUUCUCCCCACCGGCUGGACCAACGUCACGAUUUAUCUCUUCCUGACCUCCUUCUGACUUCAAAUGUCCAGUAUCAAAAAUCAACCGAACAACCUUCGGCGUCCGGCUUCUUAUGGGCUCUUCUUAUUCCUGUCGACCAUGCGUUCGCGUCUUUUACCGAAGAGCAUGCGGGCCGGGGCGGCGGCGCUGCUUGUCAUGAUCCUUCUUCACCUUCUUGUAUCGUCGUCGCAAUCCACACAAACUGGCGGCGGGCUGUCAUUUCUCCACAACCCAUUCCACUCCACACCACGGCCACCGAAGCAAGAGGUUCCGGAAGCUCUGCCGGAACUGGCGACGUUGAGCAAGUCGGACCUGCCAGAGUCUGAGUUCUGCGCCAAACGCUUUGGCCCUCGAUACCUGAAUGAACUCCGCGAUCAAAGGAUCCAGUACUGUUCGCCAGAGUCGAGCGCAAACUUGACAUGCUUUCACAGUCACACGCAGUCCAACGACAACCGCGACUCGUUCUGCAUCGGCCAGGGCGCCGUACUGGAUCGCGAAAGCGGUAAAUUCCAUGUGGACUGCAAUGUGCGACAACCUACCGGCAACGAAACAUCACAUGGCAUCAUCUCUUUCUCAAAUAUCAGAAACUAUUGGUACGAAACCGGUCCCGGCUUCCUAUUCCAGAACUUUGUCAGCGUCAAAGCCGGAGCAUCGCCAUCCUCAGCCAUACAAGCUCCAAGCUCCUAUGGCAGUCGUCCGUUCACAAUCCUCGUGAAAAGGGAAGGCCACUCCAACAUCUGGCACUCUCUCAUGGAGAUAUGGUCAAUGGUCAUGUCCCUAGACGUCUUGCGUCUCAGUCACGAUGGCGACAAUCCCGACAAGCCUUUCUUCACUAUUCCCGGAGACGUCCCACGAACCCAGGUAGUCUUCUUGGACAACCAAGAAGAAGGGCCUCUAUACUCGUUGUGGGGAAUGUUCGCAGGUCGUGAGCCACUUCACCUCACCAAGAUCUUGGAACACCCAGCGCAAUCUCAAGCUUUUUCCGAGACGCCUCAGAACGUCAUUAUCCCACUCGCCGGAGGGAGCAAUCCGCUAUGGCAGAACGACUGGGAGGAUAGAGACUGCAAGGACGCUCCGCUGCUGAGAGUCUUCACUCGACGGGUGAUGCAGCAAUUUUGCGUCGAAUUCGAGACGGGACGGCGACAAAGCAAGCCACUCAAUGUCACUCUCAUCGAUCGAAGAGGCUCUCGCAAGCUCUUGGACCAGGACGUCCUACUAGACGCAGCUCGGAACGCGUUUCCCGACGCCAGUUUUCAGGCAAUCGACUUGGGAGCGAUGACCUUCCCCGAACAGCUUCGAAUAAUACAGUCCACCGAUGUCCUGGUCGGCGUUCACGGCGCAGGACUGACGCACACGAUGUUUCUCCGCGAGAACGGCGCCGCCGUCGUUGAGAUACAACCGUCGAGCAUGUCCCACAAGGGAUUUAGGAACGUGGCACAGAUGUUGGGCCACAAUUACUUUAGCACCCACGCCGAAAUGGUAGGGCAUGAGGAGGAUGAUAAAGGCAGGAAGAGAGAUCUUGUCCGACGAGACCAGUGGCACUGGGCUGAUAUUCGGAUCGAGCAGGGAGCCUUCCUCGAGUUGAUUGGCAAAGCGGUUGAUUCAAUGAGAGAAUAGUGUGUUAUGAUACCCUUAGAAAAAAAUUUACGUUCUA